GUCGGGCCAAUGGACUGGGCUAAAUUUUGUAGGAAUUCCAUAUAGGCCACUGUACGUGUAUGGGUACAAACAAGGAAAUGAUCCAAUCCUGGGAAUGUACUUCACUUACACUGCAACAAAUACAUCUCUGCAGAGGUUUGUUGUUGCGCCAGAUGGCAGAGACGUCUGCUACAUGGUUAAGAAGUCUACACAGGAGUGGGAAACUGUGUGGGUGCAACCGUCAAAUGAGUGCGAGCGUUAUGGUGCAUGUGGUUCAAAUGCGAUAUGUACGGUGGUGCAAGAUGGGAAGGCAAAAUGUACCUGCAUGAAAGGUUUUAAGCCAAAGUUAGCAGAUGAGUGGAAUGCAGGAAAUCGGAGCCAGGGUUGUGUUAGAAACCCACCUUUGGACUGUCAGGUGAACAAAACUGGAGAUGGAUUUCUCUCUAUCCCGAAUGUCAAGUGGCCAGAUUUUUCAUACUGGGUAUCUGGUGUGACCGAUGAGUAUGGGUGCAUGAAUACCUGCCGGCAAAAUUGCUCAUGUGGUGCCUAUGUCUACAUGACUCAGUUGACGGGGUGUCUACAUUGGGGUAAUGAACUGAUGGAUGUUUACCAGUUUCAGGCUGGGGGUUAUGCCCUAAACCUCAAGCUUCCUGCUUCUGAGUUAGCAGGUUCACAUAUCGCAGUUUGGAAAAUAGCCGCAAUAGCAUCUGCCGUGGUGCUAUUUGUUUUGUUAGCUUGUCUCUUUUUAUGGUGGAAGCGUGGAAGAAAUAUCAAAGAUGCAGUGCACAGAAGUUGGAGGAGGUCAAGACGUUCAUCUACCAGAUCUCAGCAAAGUGCUGGCAUGCUGGAUAUCUCACAUUCGAUUCCUUUCGACGAUGAAACGGAGGACGGAAAAAAUCAUGAACUCAAAGUACUCUCCCUGGACCGCAUCAAAGCUGCUACUGGUAGUUUCAGUGAAUCCAACAAGCUUGGGGAAGGUGGAUUUGGCCCGGUUUAUAUGGGAACAUUACCUGGUGGAGAAGAAGUAGCUGUGAAGAGGCUUUGUAAGAACUCAGGUCAAGGCCAUGAGGAGUUCAAGAAUGAGGUCAUACUGAUUGCAAAGUUGCAGCACCGGAAUCUUGUCAGACUAUUAGCCUGCUGUAUACAGGGAGAAGAGAAGAUCUUGGUUUAUGAGUACAUGCCUAACAAGAGCCUCGACGCAUUUAUCUUUAAUCCUGAAAAGCGAGGUCUCCUAGACUGGAGGACAAGGUUUGAUAUCAUCGAAGGUAUUGCUCGAGGACUGCUAUAUCUCCACCGGGACUCAAGGCUACGUAUUGUUCAUCGUGAUCUCAAGGCCAGCAACAUUCUCCUAGACACAGACAUGAACCCCAAAAUAUCAGAUUUCGGAAUGGCAAGGAUUUUUGGAGGGGAUGAAAACCAGUUCAACACGAACCGUGUGGUCGGAACAUUCGGCUACAUGUCCCCUGAGUAUGCCAUGGAAGGCAUUUUCUCGGUCAAGUCCGAUGUCUAUAGCUUCGGAGUUCUGAUCUUGGAGAUCAUUACAGGGAAGAGGGCUGUCAGCUUUCAUGGCCAGCAGGAGUCCCUAAACAUCGCGGGAUAUGCAUGGCAACAAUGGAACGAAGACAAGGGCGAGGACAUGAUCGACCCGUUGAUAAAACCGUCGUGCUCGAUUCGACAGGUCCUGAGGUGCAUCCACAUUGCAUUGCUAUGCGUGCAAGAUCAUGCCCAAGAGCGUCCGGACGUGCCCGCGGUCAUCCUGAUGUUGAGCAGUGACAGCUCCAGCCUUCCCAUGCCGAGGGCGCCCACCCUGAUGCUCCGUGGCCGUGCUCUUGAGUCGAGCAAAUCAAGCGAGAACGAGAGGAGCCACUCCAUUGGUACCGUAUCAAUGACACAGUUGCAUGGAAGAUAGCAUAGCAGGGACAGUAUAUACUGAAGAUAUCAUGUCUUUCUUUUUCUCCAAAUGUUAUGUUGCAAUGCUGGUGUUUUCUGUAGAGUAGGACGUGGGCAGUUUGAGGAAGCCCAAUGUGUACGAAAAAAGAUAUUCAUUUCUGUCAUCUGUAAAGUCGGAAUGAAGGUCCAUUCUCAAGUUUA